GGGCUACGAGCCAGGCCGGGAGGGACAGUGCCUGCCAGCAUCGUUCCGUCAGCUCCCAGACGCGGCGUGUUGGCUCUGGGGAAAGCCGGGGCGGUUGUGGGGCUGCAGCGCGGCGCCGGACCUGGACCUGCUGCUGCGAGGGGAACCUCGGGGCUGGGACGGCGGUGCGGCGUCUGCCGUGACUUCUGACAAGGGAUUCUGAAUGCGUUAAACAGAGUGUAAAAGUUCACGGACUUUACUGUUAUACUGUCAUUUAUUUAUUGCUGCUGCUUUUUGUACGGUAACGAGCACUGCUGAAGGGGCUCCUCGGCCCCUGACCCGUUUAGCGCUGAGCUGCGCGCGGCGGCCAUUGCGCUGCUGGCCCUGACCGGGGGCGGCGAGCUCGUGAUUGUUUCAUUGGCGAACUGAGGGAACGGCACGUAAGCUGAAUCGACGGACUCACUGUGAUCUAUUAAAGCUUUUAUCCACGUGACGCCGGUAUUUAUAGCACCGUUAGCAUCUUCAACGCACGCGCGCUCGAAUGAACGCUCACACUGUCUAAUCGCCGCAGCUAUGGCGGCCGGCACCCCGCCCCCGGGCGCCGUAUCCGGCAGCGGCCCCGCCCCGGAAGCGGCAGCCACGUGAGGGCGGCGGCGGUGGCUGCUGGGCACGCGGCGCAGCCUGCAGCCUUUCAAGCGGCGGAGCGGUGCCGCGCGCGGUCCGAGCCGGGCCGAGCGGCGCAGCUGGCGAAAAUGGCUGAAAAUGGAGAUGGUGAAAACAUGUCUAUCUUGGAAAGCAAAAUCUGUCAGCAAAUUGAGUACUAUUUUGGCAAUCACAACCUACCAAGAGACAAGUUCCUAAAGGAACAGAUCAAAUUAGAUGAUGGUUGGGUGCCUUUGGAAGUAAUGAUCAAAUUCAACAGGUUAAGUCGCCUUUCGAAAGAUUUUGGUGUUAUAGUAGAAGCACUAAGAAAAUCCAAGACCGGUCUAAUGGAAAUAAAUGAAGACAAAACUAAAAUCAGAAGAUCUCCAAAUAAACCCCUUCCUGAAUUAAAUGACCAGUACAAGGCUGCAAUUAAAAACAGAUCUGUAUAUGUUAAAGGCUUUCCAUUAGAUGCAACUCUCGAUGAUAUCAAAGAAUGGCUGGAGGAUAAAGGUCCAGUUGAAAACAUUCAGAUGAGGAGGACACUGCAGAAAACAUUCAAGGGGUCAAUAUUUGCAGUGUUUGAUAGUGUUGAAUCUGCCAAGAAGUUCACAGAAAUCCCAAACCAAAAGUACAAAGACACAGAGCUGAUAGUGCUUUUCAAGGAAGAGUAUUGUACAAAGAAAAAUGAAGAAAGAAAACAAAACAAAGUAGAGGCCAAAGCAAGAGCUAAACAGGAAAAAGAAGAAAAACAGAAACAAGCAGCAGAUGCUGAGAUGAAAUCUCUAGAAGAAAAGACAGGAUGUCUUUUGAAGUUUUCUGGUGAUUUAGAUGAUCAAACAUGCAGAGAAGAUCUCCAUGCGGUAUUUUCUGAUCAUGGAGAAAUCAAAUGGAUACACUUUGUAAGAGGUGCAAAGGAGGGAAUCAUCCUAUUUAAGGAUGCUGCAAAAGAAGCUCUGGAAAAAGCUAAGGAAGCACAUAAUGGAAACUUACAGCUUCGGAACAAAGAUGUUACUUGGGAAUUGCUAGAAGGAGAUGCAGAGAAAGAAGCUCUGAAAAAAAUACUAGAAGAUCAGCAGGAAUUGCUGAAACAGAAAGGAAAAGGACGCAAACUUAAAGGAAGAGGGGGGAAGAUACCUCAAGGUGCACACAAAGGGAAGGUACAGUUUCAGGGCAAGAAAAUAAAGUUUGAGAAUGAGGAAGAAGGCGAAGAUGGUACUAAAACAGAACCAGUAAGUCCUAAGAAGAGACCACUAGAAGAAACAGAAAAAGAAGAAUCUGCACCAAAACAACUGAAAACGGAAAAUGGAGAUGGAGCUCAGUAAUACUAAAGGAGGACCUACCUGCCGUGUUGAAGUCUUGUGAAGGGAGUAGACAGCUGUUUUUGCCAUUUGUAAAGCGGUUUUCAGAAAGACCAUAUCCAUCCCUAGAAGAGUGCUGAAAUCAGAACUGCUAAAUGCAAGUUUAAGAGAACUGUUUCAUGCUUCAAUUUUUCUGAAGCAAUAGCUAUUUGAGAAAACAGCAGUGAAUGCAUUACAGAAAAAGUUUCUGCAACUUUGCCAACUGUUUUUAAUAAAAAAAAUAAGGGAUAUGAAAUAGUGUUGUGUUUGAAACCCAGUGAUUUUUAGCUGUAGCACUGGAGUGGUUGACCUCUACUUAAAAAACUGAUUUCAGGACAGCAAAACAUUGUCCCAUAUUGCAACAGAAAGAUUUCAUUAAAAGUAUCUCCCCUGAUACUUUGUUCCUAAUUGCAUCUGUCUGACUUUC